AUGCAGGUGGUACCGGAGUAUGUCGUGAAGAUUGUACAGAUAUUCGACUGCAAAGUAGCGCGCCAUGGGAACAUGAUCGUUGGGAAGACUGGCUCCGGGAAGACGGAAGCGUGGAAGUGCCUGCAAAAGGCAAUGGCGAAGCUGAAGAAACAAUUUCCGGAUGAGGAAACGUAUCAGAAAGUGCAUGUGCACAUCAUCAAUCCCCUGGCCUUAUCGAACGACGAAAUAUAUGGGAGCUUCGACCCAGGUACCCACGAGUGGCAAGACGGCAUUCUCGCUCGCAUCAUGCGCUCAGUCUGCAAGGACGACAGUCCGGACCAAAAGUGGAUUCUGUUCGACGGACCAGUGGACACGUUGUGGAUCGAGUCCAUGAACACGCUCCUGGAUGACAACAAGUUGCUCACCCUUUUGAGCGGGGAGCGCAUAUCGAUGAGUCCGCAGGUGUCGAUCCUAUUCGAGGUAGAGGAUUUGUCGCAGGCAUCUCCGGCCACUGUCAGCCGAGCGGGAAUGAUAUAUUUGAACGUGGAGGACCUGGGAUGGAAGCCGUUCGUGCAGUCGUGGAUGGCCAAAAAAUCGAAUACGGUGCUUGUGGAAACGCUGUGGAGGUUGAUAGACAAAUACAUGGAGGCGGUCCUGGAGCACAAGAGGAUGAAUUGCAGGGACCUAGUUCCCUGCGACCGGCUGAGCCUCGUUCGAACCUUCACGAAGCUGUUCGAUCACUUUGCGGUGCCCGAGAACGGGGCAAAUCCAGAAGAGGCCGAACACUACCCGCUGAUGAUAGAGCUCUGGUUCCUGUUCUCCAUCAUCUGGGGCCUUGGCGGCCCUCUGGAUGAGGGCAGCAGAAAAAGCUUCGACGCCUUCAUGCGAGACCUGGACACGCGCUACCCCAGCGCCGACACGGUCUUCGAGUACUUAGUGGACCCCAAGAACCGCACCUGGGCUACGUGGGACUCGCGGCUGCCCAGCGCCUACAAACCCCCCGCCCACCUGCCCUUCUCAAAGAUCCUGGUGCCCACCGUGGACACCAUCCGCAACAAGUACGUCAUCUGCGGCCUGGUGGCAAUAGGCCAGCACGGGCUGGUCGUCGGCAACGUCGGAAACGGCAAGACGAUGCUGGUGCAGUCUGUGCUGGACUCCCUGCACGACAGCUACUCCUUCAUGGUCAUCAACUUUUCGGCGCAGACGUCCUCGAACUCGCUUCAGGCCACGAUCGAGGGCAAGCUGGAGAAACGCACCAAAGGCGUGUUCGCUCCCGUUGGAGGUAAAAAACUGGUGACGUUCAUCGACGACCUCAACAUGCCGGAGAAGAGCGUGUUCGGCUUCAUUCCCCCACUCGAACUCCUGAAGCUGUGGGUGGACUCUGGCUUCUGGUACGACCGGGAGCGCUGCGAGGCGAAGUGGGUGAAGGACAUGCAGCUGCUGGCGGCGAUGGCCCCCCCCGGGGGAGGUCGCAACCCCUUCAGCCAGCGCAUACAGUCGUGCUUCAGCGCCAUCAACGUGACGUCGCCGAACGACGCGCAGUUGAGGCGGAUCUACGGGACGCUGCUGAACGGAAAGUUGGCGGAUUUCGACAACGAGAUCAAGCCCAUGGGGGACCAACUCGUUCAGGCCACCAUCGAAAUCUACAGGUCCGUCUGCCUGGAGCUGCUGCCCACGCCAUCGAAGAGCCACUACCUGUUCAACACGCGAGACAUGGCCAAAAUCAUCCAGGGCUCCAUGCAGGCCACCAAGACCUUCUACGACUCCCGGGAGGCCAUGCUGCAGCUGUGGUGCCACGAGACGUUCCGCAUCAUCGGCGACCGCAUGUGGGACGCGACGGACAAGGUGUGGCUGAGGACGCAGCUGGACCAGAAGCUGAACAGCAUCUUCGGCACCGAGUGGGACUCCGUGUUCGAGGGCGGAGAUGUGCCGCCGUUUGUGUCGUUCAUGCGCCAGGUUGACAACCACCCGUAUGAGCCCGUGUCGGAUAUGAACGCGCUCAAGGAAUUUCUGUCUGAAAAGCUGGAAGACUACGGACUGGAGCCGGGAAACAAUGCCAUGGACUUGGUGCUGUUCAGAGACGCUCUGCACCACGUGUGUCGCAUCCACCGCAUAAUCACUCAGCCGCGGGGCAACGCCCUGCUGGUGGGAGUCGGUGGCAGCGGGAGGAAGAGCCUGGCGAGGUUGGCCACGUACGUCGCGGAGGCCAAGUGCUUUAGCAUCGAGAUCGGCAAGAACUACAGACAGGUCGAAUUCCACGAGGACUUGAAGGGCCUGUACAGGAUGGCGGGGUGCGCCAACAAGCCAACGACUUUCCUCUUCGACGAGACGCAGAUCGUCGUGGAAACGUUCUUGGAAGACGUCAACAACAUCCUGACUUCUGGAGAGGUCCCUAAUCUGUUUGGGAAAGACGAAAUAACGGGCGUGCUGGACGAAGUCAGGGCCGCUGCAAAACAGGCGGGCUACGGCGAGACCAUGACAGGCCUGUACGACUUCUUCCUGGAGCGCGUGCGCACCAACCUGCACGUCGUGCUGUGCCUGAGCCCCGUGGGUGUCGCCUUCCGCGAGAGGUGCCGUAUGUUCCCCGGCCUCGUCAACUGCACCACCAUCGACUGGUUCACGGAGUGGCCAUCGGAUGCGCUGUACGAGGUGGCGGCUAAGCAGCUGGAGGAGGAGAACCUGGGCUCUCCGGAAGUCAUGGACAGCAUUUGCAAGGUGUUCGUGACGGCCCAUCAAUCCGUGGAGACAAUGUCAAAGAAGAUGCUGGAGGAGCUGAGGCGCCACAACUACGUGACUCCCACAAACUACCUCGAGACCGUUCGUGGCUACCGCGGCCUGCUGUCCGAGAAGCGGGCGGAGAUUGGCGGCAAGGCCACCAAGCUGAAAGGCGGGCUGUUGAAGCUGUCAGAGACGUCCGUGCAGGUGGCAGACAUGCAGGUUGUGUGCGAGGACAAAAAGGUGGUGGUGGCUCAAGCCAAGACGGACUGCGAGGAGUUGCUAGUGGAGAUCGUGCAGGACAAGAGGGUUGCGGACGAGCAGGAGAAGCAGGUGAAUGCCGAAGCCCAGAAGAUCGGGAAAGAGGCCGACGAGGCCAACGCCAUAGCCGUGCAGGUGCAGGGAGAGCUGGACAAGGCGCUUCCCGCCCUCGAGGCCGCCGAGGCUGCGCUCGAGGUGCUCACGAAAAAGGACCUGUCGGAGCUCAAGGCGUACGCUAAGCCGCCCGCCCUCGUGGAGCUGACGCUCGGCGGCGUGAUGACGGUCCUGAAGCGGCCCGCCACGUGGGACGAAGCCAAGAAGCAGCUGGGGGACGCCAGCUUCAUGGAGAAGCUGACCAAGUUCGACAAGGACAAGCUGGAUGACUCGCUGCUGAAGAAGAUCGCGAAGUUCACCAACAACAGCGAUUUCAAGGCGGAGGUGAUCGGCAAGGUGUCUGCGGCUGCUAAGGGAAUGUGCAUGUGGGUAUGCGCUAUGGAAGUCUACGGAAAAGUUUCGAAGGAAGUCGCUCCCAAGCGUGCAAAAUUAAAAGCCGCGCAGGAGAACCUAAGGAAGAAGCAGACAGCGCUGAAAGCAGCUCAAGAUCAGUUGGCAGAGGUCCUUGCCAAAGUCCAGGCGCUGAGGGACAAAUACGAUACCUCGACAGCCAAGAAGAAGGAGCUGGAGGAUGAGCUGUCGGAUUUAGAGGGGAAGCUCGAGCGUGCCCAGAAGCUGGUGUCCGGCCUGGCCGGAGAGAGGACGAGGUGGGAGUCAUCCAUCGCCGACUUCGAGCAGCAGAUGUCCAGGCUGCCUGGCGAUGUCGUCAUCGCCUCCGCCUUCAUGUCCUACGCCGGGCCCUUCCCAAGCGAGUUCAGGCUGGAGCUGGUGCGCAACACCUGGCUGCCGCAGGUCAGGGGCCUCAAUAUCCCCGCCACGGAGGGCUUCGACUUCGCGCUGUUCCUGGCCAACCCCUCGGACGUGCGGGACUGGAACAUACAGGGCCUCCCGGCUGACUCCUUUUCCACGGAGAACGGGGUCAUGGUGACCCGGGGCCGGCGGUGGCCGCUGAUGGUGGACCCCCAGGUGCAGGCCAACAAGUGGAUCAAGAACAUGGAGGGCGCCAACGGGCUGAGGGUGCUGAGCCUGAACAUGGCGGACAUGGCGAGGAAGAUGGAGGCAGCCAUACAAUUCGGGGAGCCGGUGCUGCUGCAGGACGUCAUGGAGGAGAUCGACCCCGUGCUGGAGCCCGUGCUGGCGAAGGCGUUCAUCAAACAGGGCAACCAGACGCUCAUCAAGCUCGGGGACAAGGAGGUCGACUACAAUUUCGACUUCAAGCUGUAUCUCACAACCAAGCUUGCCAACCCCCAUUACACGCCCGAGAUCUCAACCAAGGUCAUGAUCGUCAACUUCGCGGUGAAGGAGCAGGGCCUGGAGGCCCAGCUGCUCAACACGGUCGUCAAGUGCGAGAGGCCCGACCUGGACAAGCAGAAGAACGACCUGGUGGUGAAGGUCGCCCAGGGCAAGCGAACCCAGGCCGAGCUGGAGGACCAGAUCUUGUUCAUGCUGUCCACCGCCACGGGCUCUCUGCUGGACAACGUGGAGCUGAUCAACACGCUGGAUCAGUCGAAAGUGACUUGGGAGGAAGUGAACGAGUCUCUAAAAGUUGCAGAGGAGACCUCCGUGAAGAUAGAGGCCGCCUCGCAGCAGUACCAGCCCUGCGCCCUGAGGGCCUCCAUCCUGUACUUUGUGCUGAACGACCUGUCCGGCAUCGACCCCAUGUACCAGUUUUCGCUGGACGCGUACAACGACCUGUUUCUACUAUCCAUAAAAAACAGCCCCAAGAACGACAACCUCCAGGAGCGGAUCAAGCACCUCAACGACUACCACACCUACGCGGUUUACAGGUACACAGCGCGGGGUCUGUUCGAGCGCCACAAACUGCUGCUGUCCCUUCAGAUGUGCAUGCGCAUCCUUCAGUCCUCCAAGCAGAUCAACAUCGAGGAGUGGCAGUUCUUCCUCAAGGGCGGCUCCGUUCUGGACCGCUCCCUCCAGCCUCAGAACCCCGCCAGGGCUUGGCUCUCCGAGAUGGCGUGGGACAACAUCACCGAGCUGGCCAACCUGCCCAACUUCAAGGGCAUCAGCGACAGCUUCGAGGCGUCGCCCGGCGCAUGGGAGGCCUGGUACCGGGAGAACGAGCCCGAGGUGGCGGAGCUGCCCGGGGAGUGGGAGCCCAAGUGCAACGAGCUCCAGCGCAUGGUCCUGGUGCGGUCCCUGAGGCCCGACAGGGUCAUCUUCGCGGCCACGACGUACGUCGCCAACUCCCUGGGGCGGAAGUUCGUCGAGCCGCCCGUGCUGGACCUGGGCGAGACGUUCAACGACUCCACGCCCUUCUCGCCCCUCAUAUUCGUCCUCUCCCCCGGCGUGGACCCCACCGACGCCCUCAGGAAGCUGGCUCACGAGAUCGGCUUCGACGACAGGCUGUUCACCGUGGCGCUGGGCCAGGGCCAGGCGCCCGUGGCCACGCGGCUGAUCGAGGAGGGCAUGAAGGGCGGCACGUGGGUGUUCCUGGCCAACUGCCACCUGAUGACCAGCUGGCUGCCCACCCUGGACAAGAUCAUCGAGGGCAUGGAGGGGCAGCGGCCGCACGAGGACUUCCGCCUGUGGCUGUCCAGCAGCCCGUCGCCCAAGUUCCCCAUGGCCAUCCUGCAGAGGGGCAUCAAAAUGACCACGGAGCCGCCCAAGGGCCUGCGCGCCAACCUGUUCAGGUUGUACAACACCAUCACGGAGGACGGGCUCGCGGAGUGCAGGACGCAGCACAAGUACCAGAAGCUGCUGUUCUCGCUGGCUUACUUCCACAGCGUGCUCCUCGAGCGCCGGAAGUUUAGGACCUUGGGACUGAACAUCCCGUACGACUUCAACGACACCGACUUUAAGGUGUCGGAUGACCUGCUGAAGUCGUACUUGGACAGCUACGAGGAGACCCCCUGGGACGCCCUGAAGUACCUCAUCGCCGAGGCCAACUACGGCGGCAGGGUCACGGACGAGCUGGACCGCCGCGUCCUCAACAGCUACCUCAGCAAGUUCUACUGCGAGGCGGCGCUGGCCAAGUCCAACUACCCCCUGUCCCCCCUGCCCACCUACUACAUUCCCGACAACGGCAGCCUGCAGAUCUUCAAGGACUACAUCGUCACCUUGCCGGCGACGGACAGGCCGGAGGCCUUCGGCCAGCACCCCAACGCCGAGAUUUCGUACCUGCGGGAGGACAGCAAGAUCGUGCUGGACUGCCUGCUGUCGCUGCAGCCGGCGUCCGCCGGCGGUGGCGGCGCCGUGAGCAGGGAGGAGCUUGUGCUGGGCAUCGCGCAGGACCUGCUGGAGCAGGUGCCCGCGCCGUUCAACCUGGAGGAGGUGAUGAAGAGGAAGGCGGAGGACCCGUCUGCGCUGCACGUCGUGCUGUUCCAGGAGGUCGAGCGGUACAACAUCCUUCUGGUGAAGGCCCGCCACUCGUGCCGUGAGCUCAUCAAGGGCAUCAAGGGCCUGGUGGUCAUGUCCGCCGACCUGGACCUCGUCUUCGACGCCCUCUUCAACGCGCGCGUGCCGGCGGCCUGGCUGAAGACGUACGCCUCCCUCAAGCCCCUGGGCUCGUGGACGAGGGACCUGCUGAUGCGCGUCGAGCAGCUGGCCAGGUGGGUGGAGGACACCUACCCCAAGGUGUACUGGCUCUCCGGCUUCACCUACCCAACGGGCUUCCUAACGGCCGUCCUGCAGACGACCGCCAGGCGGAGCUCCAUACCCAUUGACACGCUGUCCUUCGAGUUCAGCAUCGUGAACCUGACGGAGAAGGAGAUUCUUCAAGCGCCCAAGGACGGAGUGUAUGUCAAGGGGAUGUUUCUGGAGGGGGCGGGGUGGGACGCGGAGAACGGGUGCUUGUGCGAGCCCCAGCCCAUGGAGCUGGUGGUGCCCAUGCCCAUCGUGCUGUUCCGGCCGGCCGAGAACAAGAAGAAGUCGCAGAAGGGCGUGUACGUGUGCCCGCUGUACAUGUAUCCCAUCCGCACGGGCAGCCGGGAGAGGCCCUCGUUCAUGAUCAACGUGGAUCUGAAAUCCGGGCUAGCGGAUCCGGACCAUUGGAUCAUGAGGGGCACUGCCCUGCUGCUGUCGCUGGCCACUUGA